CAGCUCGCCGCUGUCUCAUUCUUAUUUUUAUUCACAUUACACAUUUCUGCCCACAGAACCAACCAUGCCCAAGGACAAAGGAGACUCAUCGGACGAAGCCCCGCAGAAGCUCGAGCCGAUCAGCGCAUUGACCAUUCCCGCAGAAGAGAUGAAGAAGGCGCUGGAGUUCAAGCCUGAGCACAUGGCGGCGCCGCUGCUGGAGGAGUCGAGUUUUGCAACGCUGUUUCCCAAGUACCGCGAAAAGUACCUGCGCGAGAUGUGGCCGCUGGUGACGAAGGCGCUAGACAAGCAGGGGAUCGGGUGCCAGCUGGACCUGGUGGAGGGCAGCAUGACAGUGCGGACGACGCGCAAGACCUGGGACCCAUAUGUCAUUAUGAAGGCGCGCGAUCUGAUCAAGCUCUUGGCGCGCAGCGUGCCGUUCCCGCAGGCAGUGAAGAUCCUGGAUGACGAGAUGGCCUGCGAUAUCAUCAAGAUCGGCAACCUGGUGCACAACAAGGAGCGGUUUGUGAAGCGCCGCCAGCGCCUGCUGGGGCCGAGCGGCAACACGCUGAAGGCGAUUGAGCUUUUGACCGAGUGCUACGUGAUGAUCCAGGGCGCCACUGUCUCGGCAAUGGGCCCGUUCCGCGGCCUGAAGGAGGUGCGCCGCAUUGUCGAGGACUGCAUGAAGAACGUGCACCCGAUCUACCAUAUCAAGGAGCUGAUGAUCCGCCGCGAGCUGGCCAAGGACCCGAAGCUGGCGAACGAGUCGUGGGACCGUUUCCUGCCACGCUUCAAGAAGCGCAAUGUGAAGCAGAAGAAGCCAAAGACCGCCACGAAGAAGAAGAAGGAGCUGUUCCCGCCCGCUCCCACCCCGAGCAAGAUCGACCUGCAGCUCGAGAGCGGCGAGUACUUCUUGAAGGAGGACGAGAAGAAGGCCCGCGAGGAGGAGAAGCGCCGCAAGUCUGAGCUGGAGCACCGCAUGAAGAAGGAGGCCGAGCGCGAAAAGGCCUUUGUUGCGCCCAAGGAAAAGGAGGCCAAGAAGCACAAGGAGAGCAAGAGCCAGAAGGCCAAGGAGGAGAAGAAGAAGCUGGAGGACCUGAAGAACAAGUUCAAGGCCAAGGCCGAGAGCCGGGGGGCCGAGAAGCGGGCCGCCACGACUGCCGAUCUGUCAUCGUACGUCGUCACCAAAAAGUCAAAGAAGUCCAAAUAAAUUUUCCUUCUC